AUGCCGCGAUCUAGUUUCUCAGAUAACCCCCUGCUGCGGGUAUCGCGGCCUGUCUCGGCCUGCUCGCGAUGUCGAGCUGCAAAAGUCAAGUGUGAUGGAAAGCUUCCAGCCUGUACUGCCUGUGAGAAGGCAGGCCGUGAGAAUGAGUGUUCCUCCGCCAAUGACCAGUUUGCCAGGGGCAAGGAGAGAAGUUAUGUAGCGGCUUUAGAGCUCAGAGUCGAAAAGCUGGAGAAGCGGUUGGCUUUUGCCAGAUCGCGCAAGGCGUCGGUUAAUCUCCAUGAUAUCGACGAAGCGACGGCGGCUCCUGCUGACCGUAAGGAUUCUCUGGCCAACAUCCGAGCCGCUAUUCACCGUAAGGCUGCCCGUAAGAGGGAGGACUCGGAUGUCAACGCACUUGUAUCUGACUUUGGCUUCCUAUCUGUCAACGCAACGACCCGCGACUUUGAGCCAUCUGUGAGCGGCAUGACGUUCGCUCGCUUGGUGCUGGCUGCCGCAACUAACGAUGAGGUACCGGAUCCGGCUGAAGACAGUUUCCCAACCAGAGCCGAGGCCUUUGCCACUAUUCAGUAUUACAUGGCCAACAUUUACUCGCUUUUUCCGUCCUUCUCGGAAACUCACCUGCUCACCGUCUUGGAUGAUGUCUAUCAGCAAGACGAAAGAGUCAAGGACAGGCUCAAGGACGCUGACUUCUGGCUGUUGUACAUGGUUCUCGCUAUCGGAUACACGGCCCAGAGCAGAGACAAAAACGACGACUACAUUCGGCGCGGUCUCGACUUUGUUGCUCGCGCUCUGCCUUUCGCCGAUAAAGCGCUGAUGCCUGGGUAUCCCAGUCAGAUCCAGUCGCUCAUCCUCUUCACGCAAUACUCAAUGCUUGACCCAGGCCAUUUUGACAGCUGGUAUUUAAUCGGAUUCGCGAGUCGCGCCGUGGUGGACUUGGGAUUUCAUCAAGAUCCGCCUCAACUUCAGGUCCCAGACAAGGCUGCUCUUGACCUCCGGAGGAAAAUGUUUUACUGUGUUUACGCACUCGACCGGACAAUCAGCAUGAUUCGCGCCAGAUCCUUUUCAUUCACUGAUGACUCGAUCAACGUCGAGUAUCCCAGCAACUCUGGCUUGACUUCGGGGCCGAUUACUGGCCCCCAAUCAGCAGACUCGGCCUUGGUAUUAUUCCAGCUUCGUCGACUACAAUCUGAAUGGUAUCAAACGCUCCACCAGGGAGACGCGGCGCCGCUUUCAGACGCCGCCUCUUUCAUAUGGCAGAUGUGCCUGGAGAUGAGAGAGUGGCAUGAGUCCCUGCCUGACAAUCUCCCCUCGGGCAUCCGCGAGUUCUUCGAGCUCGAGCUGAGAUACAGCUACAUCUACUGCCUUGCGCCUAGCGAUCGCUCGCCACACCUGACUAAUUACGCCCGCAAACUAAUUUUUGAACACGCCAUCGCAUACAUGAACACAAUCCACAACGUCGUCCACAGCUCCAUCAAUACGGCCUUCUACUCCUCCCUUGACGCUCUCAAAGUCUACUUUGUGGCGAUGCAGUUCUUCACCAGCUUCAACGCCGCGCGCGAGCUGCUAAUCUCGGAGCAAAGAAUCAUUCCACCCAUCACUCGUCCAGGCACCGCUCCCCCGCCACCCUUACCGCACCGACCGGCUGGCGGCGAGGACAGUUUGGACAGAAGUAUGCGAUGCUUGCAGCAGGUUGUGGAAACACUCGGAAGAUACUCCCAGCGAUGGGAUAUUGCAUCACAGCUGAAGACUAACUUUGAAACGAUAUCAUCGGAGUUGUUCUCAUGGCUUCAAGUGCGUCGGCAGAUGAGAGAGCAAGGACAGCUGCCUCAACAACACCAGCAACCGCCACAGCAGCAUCAGCAAUCGCCUAGUCAAUCGCAGCAGCAGCAGCAGCAGCAGCAACAACAGCCACUUUACCACCUACAUCAACAGUCUUCGCCCAUACCUCAUGGCCACUCGCCACCGCAUGGUCAACACCCUCAGCAUGCUCAACAUCCAUCUUAUCCACCUCAUCCUCAUCCUCAAGCCCUCAUGGCGUCACCACAGGUGCCGAUGCCAGGCAUGAUGCAGCAUCAGCUCCCGGGGCAACCAAUGAUGCAGUACAGAUGGGUCGGCGAUGGAGCAGGGCAGAUGAUGCCUGGGCCUCCCGAACAGGGUCCGCCAAUGUGA